UGCAUGUUACAUCGUAUUACUGAGAAACUGCAGGAAGACUGUUAUGAACAGACCUCAGACUGUUCCACUGCUGUCACUAUAAAUAAUAAAGUAGAUAAAUAAAAUUAACCUUCGGACCAAUCACAGUCCAGAACUCAUGGAUUGUAUAAGACACAUGUUAUCAUAAUUAUAAUUAUUACUGUUUACAGCAUGUACAUACGCAUACACAAGGUAAUAUGCAGCAUGUAAUAGGAUUAUUCUAUAUUCCUGUGUGUGUUCAUAGUGAAUGAUGUGUUCAGUCUAACGGUACACUGGUGUCAUCACACCGGACAGGAGAAACGCUUCUUAGCCCCGCCUCUGCGUUCCGACGUCAAUGACGCCCGCCUUGUGUGAUUGACGUGUUCAAGAGCCAAUAAGGAUCCAGGCUUACUGUGCUCAAGACCAAUCAGAAAAGAGACAGCCGAAAACUGAGUUCCAAACGACCCCCCAUUGGACGUCUAGUGCACUAUAUAGAAGACCGGACAGCCGUUGCUGGGGCUAGACUAUGUAGUGCACUGUGUAGGGAGCAGCAGGCCGUUUGAGACACAGCCUCUGAUUCUGUCCGGAUCCGGGGUUCGGUUGAACCCAAAAAAGCCCCUGGGUUGGUGACAGCUAGCGUGCGGAAGAUGCUGAGGGUAAACAGAGAGGGGCAGAAGGGUGAGGGGGAUGAGGGCUGAUUCCUGCUCUGUCGGAUCCGAAGGGUUUUCCUGCAGGAACAUGGCGAGUGUUUAAACUUCACCUUCUCGGUCUGGUGCUGGUUCAUGUGGCGGAGCCCGGACUGCACUCCGAGCUCCCGGUGUGUGUGAGUGUGAGAGAGAAGAGUUGUAUUUGGACCAGACCGUGUGUGGGGUUAAUGAGGAGUAAAGCCCGGGGCUGUGUGGAGGAUCUGCUCCCGCACUAACUCCGUACACUGAAGUUUCUCACAGCGCUUCUGCUCCACACUCGGUCUCAGCAGCGCUCUUUGUUCUGAGGGAACUACUGAACAUGCUAGGCUAGCUCACUAGCUUAGCUUACUUAGCAUUAGCGUUAGCCUACCGGCACCCGGCUCGCUAACUUCUCUCCCUCCCUCUCUCUCUCGCUCAGUUAGGUUUGGCGCGUCUUUACAGAAUAAUACCUGUGUGUGUGUGUGUGUGUGUGUGUGUGUGUGUGAGACAGUCCGAGGUACUUUUCUGAACACUUGGUGGGAGCUGAGUGGCAACAGAACGCCUCUUACAGGAUUCUAUACAUGUUGGUCAGAGAGAGGAAGCGAGAAGUCUCGCGAUAUUUCAGCUGCUCCCGGGAAUUCAGUUUAAAUUUUUUUUUUACUCCACUGCACCGUGGCAGUCGCGGACCGGAAGCACCUGUGUUGUACCGGAAAUCAGACUGUGGCGCUAGUUUUUGUGGAAAGUGAUCACGCUCCUGUCCCGUGUGAAGACCCAGGCGAGGACCGGACCCUCGGCGCCGCUCGGUGAUUGUCCGGUGAGGAGAUCUGGGCCGUGAGGUUGUGAUGCCCUGCACACGCUCCAUCAGUCCUUAAUGAGUCCACUUUUAUGAGCCGGAUACGUCAUGUCGCUGUGCUGUGGCUCCUGACUCUUGAGGGCUGAUGAGUGUUUUGGAGCGAUGGAUCGCUGCAAGCACGUGGUCCGUCUCCGUUUGGGACAAGACCACUCCAUCUUGAACCCUCAGAAAUGGCACUGUGUGGACUGCAACACCACAGAGUCCGUGUGGGCGUGUCUGAAAUGUUCGCACGUGGCUUGCGGUCGCUACAUGGACGAGCACUCGCUGCAGCACUACCACGAGACACAGCAUCCACUCGCCAUGGAGGUGCGAGAUCUGGACGUGUUCUGCUUCGUGUGUGGGGAUUACGUCCUGAACGACAACGCAGAGGGGGACCUAAAGCUCCUGCGGGGGGCGCUGUCCACUGUGCGGGAUGCCGGGCGGCGCUCCAUGCGUUCCGCGUCGUCGAUGUCGAGUGGCGAGGGGGCGGGGCUCGUGCAGGUGGCGUUGAGGCACCGGCGGCACGUUUUGCUGGCGAACGCGUUCCGGCGCUGGAGGACGCGGCAACAAGAGGAGCAGAAAAAACAGCAACGGGAGAAGGAGGAGCUUCGGAGGCAACGUAAAGAAAUGAAGAAGAGGAUCAUGGGCGAUGAUGGAAACGCACCGCCGAGGAAAAGCGCACGCCUCCUGACGCAGGCGCCCCGGCCCCUCAUCGCACUGAUCCCCAGGAAAUUCCGCGACCCGCCCGAGAAAGCGCCACUUCCCAGUAAGACUUUGUCGAAGAAUUCCAGGAAGGCGCUCUGUACUGUGAAAUCGGGCGUAGCGAGAAAGCGGCCCACGCCAUCUUACCUGUUAGCACGCCGCAGACGAUUAGCGCCGGGCGUCACGGGACUGCGUAACCUAGGCAACACGUGCUACAUGAACUCGAUCCUGCAGGUGCUGAGCCACUUGCGGAAAUUCAGGGAGUGUUUCCUUGCGCUGGAUCUGUGUGAGACGGAGCAGCUGCUGCUCGCCAAAACACAAGGCAUGAUGGGAGCAGAUAAACCGGUGCAGCCCAAAGACUCUGGCUCUCCCUCGCUAUCCGGCCAGCAGGUGUCUCUGUGUCAGGAGCUGCACACUUUGUUCAGGGUGAUGUGGUCGGGUCGCUGGACGCUCGUGUCUCCGUUCGCCAUGCUGCACUCCGUGUGGAACGUCAUCCCGGCGUUCCGUGGCUGCGACCAGCAGGACGCGCAGGAGUUUCUGUGUGAGCUGCUGGAUAAGGUGCAGCAGGAGCUGGAGGCCGACGGCGGCUACGGCAAACGUCAACACACGCGCACACGCAUAGUCAUCCCCAUCACACAGAGGAAACUCUCCAAACAGGUGCUCAAAGUCCUCAACACCAUUUUCCACGGCCAGCUGCUCAGCCAGGUGACGUGUCUGUCGUGUAAGCGGAAGUCGAACACAGUGGAGCCGUUCUGGGAUUUAUCCCUGGAGUUUCCUGAGCGUUAUCACAGUGUGGUGAAGCUGAGCCAGGCGUCCUCUCAGAGCUGCUCUCUCACAGAGAUGCUGAGCAAAUUCACUGAGACCGAGGCUCUGGAGGGACGCAUUUACAACUGUAACUACUGCAACAGAAAAAGACGCAAGUCGUCCCACAAACCACUAGCCCUGUCCGAGGCCUGCAAACAGCUGCUGAUUUAUCGUUUACCUCAGGUGCUGCGGCUUCACCUUAAACGCUUCCGCUGGUCAGGUCGGAACCAUAGGGAGAAAAUCGGCGUUCACGUGGCGUUUGAUCAGGUUCUGAACAUAGAGCCAUACUGCUGUUCUGAUGCAUCACAAGUCUUCAUCUACGACCUCUCUGCUGUAGUGAUGCAUCAUGGGAAAGGCUUCGGCUCAGGACACUACACUGCCUACUGUUACAACACAGAGGGGGGUUUCUGGGUCCACUGUAACGACUCGGAGAUGAACGUGUGUAGCGUUGAGGAGGUCUGCAGUACUCAGGCGUACAUCCUGUUCUACACACAACGAUCAUCUUAGAGACUCAACAAACACACACCUGUGUGUAGUACUGACUUAACACCCCAACCUGUGUGUGUGUGUGCGCUUAGAAACAGGCCUUAGUUCCCUCAGUGUGUGUGUGUGUGUGUGUGUGUGUGUGUGUGUGUGUGAGGGAGAGAGUGAUGCCUGUUCGAGCGAGCACACGCGUGUAGGUCAGGCGUGAUUAGCCGUCAUGCCGCUCAGCUAUAUUUUUCCACUGAGGUAUUUUACAAUAAAAUCACUCCUGGCACUUUUCCACCGACGUGGAGCCGGAUCUGGAACUGUUCACGAA